AUACCAAAAGAGAAGAGAGAGAGAGGGAGAGAGAGAGAGAUGUCUAGUUUUCUUAGGUGCGUCAAAACCGUGGUCAGCUUCCUGCGUCGCCUCGUCCACUGCGGCGGCGAUCGGAAACCCGAUCCCCGGCCAUGGGAUCCGCCCUUCGACCCAUCCCAGCCCUCGAUCCCCAUCUCCUACCCGAUCACGACCCUCGAAGCCCUCGCCUCCCGCUCCUACUUCCGGUCCUUCCACUACCCCUUCAACCGCUCGUCGGUCCCCCUCCCCCCCUCCGCCGCUGCGCUGCCCCCUCGCCGCCGGAUCCUCGUCUGCCACGACAUGAAGGGCGGGUACACCGACGACCUGUGGGUGCAGGGCGGGGGCAACCCCGACGCCUACGCCAUAUGGCAUUGGCACCUGAUGGACGUUUUCGUCUACUUCUCCCACUACUUGGUCACACUGCCGCCGCCGUGUUGGACCAACGCCGCCCACACCCAUGGCGUCAAGGUCUUAGGAACUUUCCUGACGGAAUGGGAUGAAGGUAGAGUUAUUUGUGACACCUUGCUUUUGUCAAAGGAGUCUGCUCAAAUGUAUGCUGAACGGUUGACAGAACUAGCCACUGCUUUGGGAUUCGAUGGUUGGCUGGUCAAUAUAGAAGUCAAAUUGGACAAGAGGCAAAUUGAUAACUUGAAGGAGUUCGUGGGUCACCUAUCUCGUUCUAUGCAUGCUUCAGUUCCGGGAUCUUUGGUCAUAUGGUAUGAUGCUGUGACUAUAGAUGGUAAACUUGACUGGCAAAAUCAACUGAACAUGCAAAACAAACCUUUCUUUGAUUUGUGCGAUGGUAUUUUUGUCAAUUAUACUUGGAAGGACGAAGACCCUACAUCUUCGGCUAGUAUUGCUGGUGAGAGAAGGUUUGAUGUCUACAUGGGUAUUGAUGUUUUUGGCAGAAAUACCUUUGGUGGUGGGCAGUGGCAUACAAAUGUAGCCCUCGAUGUGUUGAAGAAGGAUGAUGUUUCAGCUGCCAUAUUUGCUCCAGGAUGGGUCUAUGAAACUGAACAAGAACCUGAUUUUCAAACUGCACAAAAUCGCUGGUGGGGCCUUGUUGACCAAUCAUGGGGAAUUCUUCAGAACUACCCUAGAGUAUUGCCCUUCUACUCAAGCUUUGAUCAGGGUCAUGGUUAUCAUUGUUCAAUUGAAGGUUUACAGGUUGCCAACGAUCCUUGGAAUAACAUUUCUUCUCAAGGCUUUCAGCCUCUUCUUAAUAGUCCUAAUGGUCCUAGCUCAACUACAGUCGAGGCCUGCAUCAAUUUCAAGGACGCAUCUUACUGUGGAGGAGGUAGUAUCACUGCUAGAGGAAAUCUUGAGAACAACUCUUUUUUCUCUACAAAACUCUUUCACGGACAACUUCAGCUGGAAGAUCAACCUGUGAACAUUUCAUAUUCUGUAAGAUCAGAUGAAAACUCUCUCUUUGGACUAUACCUUGAAUUGUGGUCUGAAAUCAGUGGACAAACAUCCAUCCUUAUCACAGCUGAUACUCAACCCUUCACUGUUGCCGGCCUCGAGUAUAAUAGAACCAUCAAGCCACAAAUUAAAGACACGAAAGCAGAUGUGUUGGCUGACGCAGCAUGGUUUAUUCAUGAAGUUACCUUGACCAUGAGUGGCUAUACGUUGGGUGGCAUUUAUAUCGUGGGUGCCUUGAAAAACCCUGGCCCGACUAAUAUUGAGAUGGAGAAGAGCCCAAUUAGAGAAAAUGCCACAUCAGAAAACAGUGGAUUUUUGCCCUAUAGAGCAUCAUUAGGUCACAUCAGGAUUUUAACCAGUGAACCGAUCGUGGAAUUUCCACCUGCCAAAUCAUGGGUCAUUCAAGGCCAUGAUAUUUCAUGGAUCUUGGAUUCUGAUGGAAAUAGAAGUUUGAACCUAAAGGUCGCUUGGAAGCUCAAAGAAGGAUAUGCCAUGUCAUUUACAAGAUAUAAUGUCUACGUCGAAAGGUUAAUGAUUCAUACCGACGGAAACAUCAGUGAUAGAGUACCUAGCUACGUUGGAUUCGCUAGAGUCGAAGCAUUUUUCUUAUCAAAACUUGGUAUUCCUACUGGAGUUACGGCACUCAGGUUUAUUGUUCAAGCGUGUGGUGUCGAUGGAAGUUGCCAGCAACUGGACGAAUCUCCAACUCUUGAAUUGGCUGUCCAAGGUUAGUUUGCUUUCUACCAUGUCAGGGUCCAUCAUCACUUUCUCAAGCGACCCGGUAGCCUUCAUCAACAUAUCAAUGUUGAUGUUCUUUUAUUGGCAAUAGUUGUUUCAAGAUGGUUGUCGAGUUUCUUGCUUUAGCUUUUCAUCGAAUUGAGUCGAGAUAUGGUUGUACACCACUUUGGAAUAUGCAAUUAUUAUCUAUUGGUGCAUCAUGUUAUUAUC